CGGCGUGAGCGUCUGCAGCUACAGUCGCUCAAACUGUGCGCUCCGCGAGACCGAGGCCCCCUCGAGGUUCACAGCGGGUCGGCUGGGGAAGCUCCUCCGCCUUCAUUGCCUCCGCCGCGGCGUGCAGUGCACUGCCCUCUGCAGACUAACGAGGGUGGUGCUCCACCAUGCCCAAUCCGCGCAGCUCUGAGGAGGAGCGGCUCACCACGUUUGUCGACGGCCUCACGCCGCUCCUCCGUCCGCUUGCGCUCAUCGGCGGCGCACUUGUGUUGGCCUCGGUCGUCGGCCGGCCCUCCCAGGACGAGACCGAGGCGCAGAAGGGCGCCUUCCUCUUCGACGCGCAGCAGCGCUUCGCAGAGCCCGCCCUCGUCGGCAGAGCGAGCGGCGACGGGAGGCGGCGGCGGUGCGGCGGCGGACAGGCCAACGCGUCGUCCGCCGCGCUGGGCGAUGCCGAGGCGGACGCGCUCUCCCGCUGGUGCGCGCCCAACGAGACGGCGGCGAUCGUGCAGGCGGCAGGCCGCCUCGGCAACCGGACGCAUGGCCGCUGCCCAGGCCUUGCAGCGGCGCUCGGGUCGAGGUCGCUUCCCCGCGCGGCGCCGACGCGCGCGGGGCCGGCGGCGCAUGGCGGCCCGAGCACCAGCGGUGGCAGGAGCUGGAGCGGUGUGUGUGGCGAGCGGCUCGCGGCUCGCGGCAGCCGCCCGCUCGUGUACGUCUACCGCUGGCUCGACACGCUCCACCGGCAGCUCCUCGGCAGCCGCUCUUCGGCUUCGUUCCUGGACAUCUGGCACCCUCGCUCGCAGUUCCUCUCCGAGUUCGCCUUCCACCGCGCUCUGCUCGCGUC